AGGUGAAAGUGAACACUGAGCAAUUAAUAUUUCAAGAGUGUAACUGAGCCACUUCAACACACAGAGCUGUGGGCAGUUUUCUUCAGUACAUUCCACAGCACAGCUCGACCCAACAACAUGGACACAUCUGUCGUUGUAGAAGAGAGACAGAAUGAGUUGGGCAAGACAGCAGACAGGAAGAGAGACUUACAGGAUCUCCUCAGACAGGAAGUAGAAACACACAUUACUGAGGGCAGGGCCAGUGUUCAGACGAAUCAGGAGCAGGUGGGACGCAUCAGACAGCUCAAGGAUGAACUGCAGAGAGAAGAGAUCAGAGAUCCUGACCAAUCAGAACACAGCUCUAACACGAUGGCUCCUGAGAAACUCCUGGAGCGCAGAAAGAGACUUAUGGAGACUCAUGAGAGACUGAUAGAGGAGGAACUGAUAAAGAUGGAGAGAGAACUGCAGGAUGAGCAGGUGUGUGGGGUAGAGGGCGAGCUGCUGUACCUGCGCAGAGAGAGACACAUCCUGGUGCUGCAGAUUGAGGCUCUGCGCAAAGAAAACCAGCAGGCCUGCGCAGACCUGGAGACCCUGAACAGACAACACCAACAGGAAGUGAACACACUCCGAGAAGAGAGCUUACAGGUGACGAAUUACACAGGACAACUGGGAUAUCAUAUUGCGUAA